CAAUUUACGAGGCUUCUAAACGGGUUAAGAGCAUCCUCCGGACUCCCAUUCUCCAUUCUCCUAUCUCUGUCCACACGAUCCAGUUUCACCAUGGUUGAUGCAUUCUGUGCCACUUGGAAGCUGGUCGACAGCGAGAAUUUCGACGACUACAUGAAAUCUCUCGGUGUGGGCUUUGCCACCAGACAGGUCGGGAAUGUGACGAAACCCACAGUUGUGAUCUGCAAAGAGGGGGACAAAGUGGUAGUGAAGACGCAGAGUACCUUCAAGAACACCGAGAUCUCAUUCAAACUGGGCGAGGAGUUCGAAGAGACUACCGCCGACGACAGGCAUUGCAAAUCCGUUUUAACCAUGGAUGGGGACAAGUUCGUUCACGUCCAGAAGUGGGACGACAAGGAGACUAAAUUCGUCCGGGAGCUCAAGGACGGGAAAAUGGUCAUGACUUUAACCUUUGAGGAUGUGACGGCAGUGCGUACCUAUGAGAAGGCAUAAUCCAUGGCUGUGACCGAGCCCAUCUCAAUCUUUGUCUUUCUUGAUUUUUUUUUUCAUCGGACUACAAACAAGAAGUGAUUUUAUUGUAAGCAGAACUUUGCACUUCACUCCUCGAGAUGUUUAAAACAUGGACUGAAAAAAAAAACGUUUUGUAAGAAUUUUAUAUGUCUUUCAUAUUAAUAAAUCAUGAGCAAACGUGACUGAAUAAACACUUUUAAAAGAA